AUGAUAAAUUUUCCUGAUUUGAUAAAAAUAAAUGAUCCCCCCUAUUUAACGUUAUCCCAUUAUUCGUGUAAACGUCAGGUAGUGGAAAAUAAAAAAAUGGCGGAUCAAAGUGACAGGAGUCAAUUACCACCUGGUUGGGAGUGCAGAUAUGACAUAAGAAGUGGUCGCCCGUAUUUUAUAAAUCACUUUAAUUGUGCAACAUCAUGGGAAGAUCCGCGCGUAAGAUAUUGGCAGUACGCACAAUAUGUUCACGGGCAAAAUUCCACAGCUACAAAUUCAUCAAAUGGAAAUUCUCAUGAAGCUAUACCGCUCCAGAGCGGUAAUAUUGGUGGUGGUGGUGGUGGUGGUGGCUUUGUUUAUUCUGCAACACACCGAGCACCGCAAGUUUAUCCAUCACCGUACAAUAAUCCACAGCCUGCUUUUUUACCAUGUUUGCAGGACUUGAAGACACCGAUGUCAACAUCAAGAUCAAUAAGUGCGACAACAAAUAAAUUUGGUGAUAUGACAAUAGGUUCACCGACACCAAUGAAGAAUAUGGAAACGUCCUUUAUCCAAGGAACUGACGUCGAGCUGCAAGUUGCCAAAAUAAACGCUAUUUUCCCAACAGUUUCCGACACUCACAUUCGUCUCCUUCUUAAAAAAUAUAAUAAUAGACCAGCAUUGGUUGUAAGUGCGCUACAAAUCGAGAAGAAUCCACUUUGCGCACCAGGUCCAUGUACACCCGUCGGAGUACAUUCUAAUUACGCUAUUCCAAGAUGGCGUCUACCAGCUCAUGCAAUACAUGCAGCUAUAACAUUGAGUCCACCACGUGUCGACGAAACAUUAUUGCUUGACAUACUGGAGCAGAGUGAUAAUAAUGUUCAAAAGGCGUCGGAAAAAUUGAUCGAGCAGGGAUACGAGAAGAAAAAUCCAACUGGACCAAGCAAAUCACUGAUACGUCCCAAAGAAGAUAUACAUAAGGUCAACAAGAUUGCGCCUACGCCACCGCCGCGUAUGAAAAGUGCUGAAGAAAAGACAAAGUUGAAGACAAAAUUGAUGGAAAAAUAUAAAUCGGUACCAGACAGAGUGAUAGCGCUGGCAAUGGACAGCGUUGAUUACGAUGAAGAAAAAGCUGUUCAUAUUUUGGAUAUUAUGAUUGCUGAAGAAGCUGUUCAGCCUUUGCGUACAUCGAGUAGUCACAGUAGUAGAAGUGAUGAGAGAAAAGACAAUUUAGCUAAAGGUCCCGAUAAUGAUUUAUUAUUGCCUGAUUAUGCUCCUUGGGCUGGUCCAGACACACUAUUGUUAACUAAAGAAACAACCAGCAUCAAAUCUCUGGCUGUUGGACGUGAUUUAUCCUUGGUGUCAGGAUCUUGCGUUCUUGCUAAGGGUCCAAAUGCUGACUUGAGAAAAGGACCACUACGCGGGCUUGCUCAAGGUUCUAUUUACUCACAGAGAAACGUUGCUAAUACUGAAAGCCGCGGUAAAUGA